AUGACCAGCAAACCUACGGAGCCGGCCGAUGCUGCUGUUGCCGACAGCACCACCCAUGAUUCCCUGGAACCGUCAUCUCCUGCCGGGCCUGCAGCAGUGACGCGGUCACUGGCGGGCGCCAUGGGUGGCGUCCCUUCGUCCCAGAAUCCUUGCGUCCAGAAGGGUUGUGAGGACGGCGCAAAGACACCUAGGAACUCAGGGAGGCGUCGAGACAAGUCCAAGUCUGUGGAGCCGUCGGACCCUGCGGUCGACAGAUUAUUCUCCGAACGUGUGGUGACGGUGCUCGUGGGCCCGAGCGAGGUCCAGUGGCGACUGCAUGAGAACCUUCUCUCGGGCAUCUCGGAUUUCUUCAGAUCGGCCUUCAACUCGGGCUUCCAGGAAUCCAUCGAGGACAAGCUCACCAUGCCCGAGGAUGACCCCCACUCCUUUGAGCUCCUUGUCCGGUGGCUUUACAUCCGCGCCCUGACGCCCUCCGCCGUCUCCAAUUCCACCACUUCUGCACAUGUCAUGCUCGGAAAGGACUUUGCCGGAGGCUCAUCUACAGCGUGCAUCCAGGAUUAUCUCAAGCUCUAUGUCCUCGCCUCAAAGGUCUUGGUGGAGGAGCUGGAGAAUGCUUGUGUGGAUAUGGCCCACGCAUUCUACAGUGUUGGUUUGCGAAGGCCCGAUGUCAAAGACGUGAAAUACGUCUACGAGAACACCAUGCCCGGCUGCGGCAUGAGAAGGCUGCUCAAGGAACGCCUCACGAUGAGCCUUUUUAAGGGAAAACAGCACAAUCCUGUGACCCCGGAGUGGAGGGAAAUCAUGAAUGAAACACCUGAUCUGGGCUUCGAUCUCGUCAGCGAGAUUGCCUCCUACAACUGGAUCGCCGGCGGUAACGCCUCCGCGAAGACUCCAGCCCAUGAAUGCACCUUCCAUCGUCAUGAGAGGAGCAACAGGUGUCCCAGGCUAGAUUGA